GUUGUUAAAUAUUUAUUGAAACUGAAACCUAUUAUGUUUUCAGUGAGCUCAAAUUCUUCGGUUAGUAAUGAUUUUUCUCUUUGGGAUUGUUUAUUGUUUUGACGAGGUUAAAGAGGCUGCGUAAAAGACGCUUUUGCGGUCCAGAUAACUGCAAUAUAAAGAGGAUCUGAGCAAAGGCGAAAUUGCUGAGAAAUUCGUUUAGAAUAUAAAAAUGUUUAUAGCUAUGAAUUAUAGAAGAGCUGUUGUGAAGAAAAUCAUUUUCAACAAUAUAAAAACGCACUGGCCUGGCUGUUAUACUCUACAAUAUUCGUUUAAUAAUUAAAUAGGAGAUUUCGCACAUUAUAGGAAAGAAGAAAAUUAUUUCCCUAAGUCGAAUAUUAAAAAAUAAAGAGAAACAAGUUAAAGAGCGGGAAAUGAGAACAAAGAACAAUGAAGAGGAUGGGGGAAGGGUUUCAAAUGUAAGUUCGCAUUCAUUGGCUCUCUUUCGGACCCGUCAAACUCUGAGCUGACCAAUAGAAACAUUUGAGAGGUUGGGCCAACAAUUCAACAUCCAAUCAGAGCACGCGCCCUGUUUGCAGAGUAUUUACAUAGAGCUGGGUAUAAAUAACCCUGCAUGCCACCUCAAGAUUAUUCAGAUUCUUGUUUUGAGAAUUGAAGCGUCAUCAUGCCUGAGCCAGCAAAGCCCGCGCCCAAGAAGGGCUCAAAGAAAGCCGUCACCAAGAGCGCCGCCAAGAGUGGAAAGAAGCGCAGGAGGUCCAGGAAGGAGAGCUACGCCAUCUACGUGUACAAAGUCCUGAAGCAGGUUCAUCCCGACACCGGCAUUUCUUCAAAGGCGAUGGGCAUCAUGAACUCUUUCGUCAACGACAUCUUUGAGCGCAUCGCCGGUGAGUCUUCUCGUCUCGCUCACUACAACAAGCGCUCCACCAUCACCUCGAGAGAGAUCCAGACCGCCGUGCGUCUCCUGCUGCCCGGUGAACUCGCCAAACACGCCGUGUCUGAGGGAACAAAGGCCGUCACCAAAUACACGAGCUCAAAGUAAAGCCGAAAGUACCCAAUCUGAACCCAAAGGCUCUUUUAAGAGCCACCCACUG